AUGGUUUCAAAAUGGAUUGAUAAAGUGGUUAUUAACAAUAAUAAUUAUGAGAAAUUAUAUUUACCAUAUAAAUUUAAAUUAUUAUUAAGAGGAAGUCGAGAUGGAUUUACUCCUGAAAAAUUUCAUGAAUUAUGUGAUGGCAAAGCUAAUACAGUUACAUUUAUUAAUUUAGAAGGAAAUGAAGAAAUUCUUGAUUAUAGCAGUGUAUAUGGUCCAAAAUAUGGAAGCGAUCUUAAUAUAUAUACCUGUAUAAGCAAUAACCCAUCUGCAGCUUUUGAUAGAACUUAUUGUAAAAAAUUGCGUUAUGAAAGAAGUAUAAGAGAUACUGAAGAAGAUUUUUCAAUAGAAAAUUAUGAAAGAUUUUAUGAUAAGUUUAAUGCUGUUAUAUUUAAAAUAAAGGGAAAUUCAUGGUCGACAUAA